GAAGACAGAGAAUGAUGAUGAUAUCCAAUCUUCCACACGAUUUGGAAUCGGAGAUACUCUCUAGAGUUCCUGCCAAGUCUCUAUGGGAACUAAGAGCUACUUGCAAACGUUGGUACGCUCUAUUCAGAGAUCCCAGGUUCGUGGAGAAGAACAAGAGGCUGGGAAAAGCAGUAAGAGCGUCGAUUUUACUGAGCAAUCAGGAUCUUUAUUUAAUGAACAAAGAUCUCCAUAACAGCAGCGUCGUGGAAGAACUCACCUUUAAACUUAGAAGUUUAAAGGGUGCAAAGGGUUCAAAGGAUUUGAAGUUCUCUUGGAUAUAUCACUGCGAUGGUUUAAUUUUAUUCCAAAUAAAGGAAAUCUCUAGACUUGUGGUUUGGAACCCAUGUACUGGUCAAACAAGGUUCAUCAAACCCGUAACUCGUUACCGCGCAUCUAGAGAUGAUACAUUUAGUCUAGGAUACAGCACAUCUUCUUCUUCUUCUGGUCAUAGCUACAAAAUCUUGAGGUAUUAUCGGUACUAUAAAAACGACCAGUUAUUUGCAGAGUGUGAGAUCUAUGAGCUUAGCUCUGAUUCUUGGAAGGUUCUUGAUUCAUUCGCUCUUGACCAUAAGUUAUGUUUCGGUGGCAUCUCUUUGAAUGGAGAUACUUAUUGGAUUGCUGAUGGUAAAGAAAACGGCUAUUUCUUGAUGAAGUUUGAUUUCACGGCAGAGACAUUUGUGCGCCUCCCUCUUCCGUUCCAGAAUCUGGAUUGUGAAGAUAAAGUGGCCCUGUCAGUUGUAAAGGAUGAAAAGCUCUCGGUGUUGCAUCGCUAUGUUCUUGGAGGGUCGACAACUGUGAUGAGAAUAUGGGUGAGCAAUAAUGUUUUUGAGGAGGCCAACGACUUGUCCUGGAUGAGCCACUUCGUCUUGAAAGUGGAUUGUGAUGAAUUUGACAUCCCAAGUGUUGUGAAUGUGGCAAGCUUCUUGUUGGACGAGGAGAAUAAAGUGGCAAUAUGUUGUGAUAUGGACUCAGUGAAGUUAUAUGAAUAUAAGACCAGAAUCUACAUUGUCGGAGAUGGUAUGUCUAAACAAGUCUAUAACGGUACUGUAGAGCUAUCUCGUUGCACCUGGCCAUGUGUCAUCUCUUAUGUCCCAAGCUUGGUUCAUAUUCAGAAAUGUACACGUAAAAGGGGAAAGAAAGAGAGGUUUGCUCUUAAAUGAAUUACUUUUUUUCUUUUCUUUAGUUUGGUUUUGGUGAUGUUUUUUCUUUUGGUUUGUAUCUUACUUUGGCGGAUGCUAUUUGUUCAAAUACAUUAGUUGUUCUGCUUAUAGCCAUGUUCAG